AUGCAAACAUUAAACUUAUAUUAUAAAAUACCGAAAGCUCAAUUAUCUGAAGUAUCACAAACAACAGAAAAAAUUUCAGUUAUACAACGUCAUCGAAAAGUAACUCGUCUUUAUAUUAUAUUAUUUAUUUUAGUACUUGUAGUUAUAAUACGUUUUACUGGAUUAAAUCUACAAAUGCAUUCUGUGACAGUAAAUUCUCCAACAGAAUUAAUAUUUGAACAAUUAAAAAAUAAAUAUUCAUCAUCAUUAUCAUGUACAUGUUCAAAAGUAGCUAUACCAUAUUCAAAAUUUCUUUCAAUUACAAUAACUGCUCAUCAUCAAAUAUGUUCAAGUUAUUUUAUUUCUCAAGAGUUCAUUGAGCAAUUAUAG